GAGGACCACCGAGACGCGUCGCUCCGGUCGCGUUCGCGUCUGCCAACGUCGCGUCGCGGUAGACCGUCGUCAUCGUCGCCGUCGCGCUCGCCGUCGUCGUAUCAAUCGCCUGGGGUCCGUGAGGACGACAGUUUAUCGCGGGCAGAUCCGUGUGUCUCGCGAGUGCCGCGCGAGAGGGACACCACCAUCGGGUGGCGAGAGGGACGCACCAUGAACGUCCCGCGGCCGCGGGACUCGCCGACGAGAUAGUCUACGUCGACGAGGAGGCUGGCUGGCUGGCUCGCGGCUCACCCUCACGGUCGUGCCUCAUCGCAUCCCCGAGAGCCGGGAGACACUUCUCUCGCUCGAGAGGGAUAAAGCGGGUGUAGAUCGAUAGGCCAGCUGGUGCGCGUGUUCGCAGAGUUUUCGCGACCGGUCGCUCGGGGUGCUCGGGGUGCGGCCCAGGAUGGUGAAGGCACCGAGCAUGGGACCCGCCGGCGGCCCGGCGGGCAUCAGGCGGAUUCAUCCCGGUCCCGAGAUAGCCAUGAAUCCGAGAAAUCUGCCCACGGCAUCCGCGAGCAUGCCGCCCGCUAUGCGAGGGGAUGCCAACGCCGUCGACAGAACGACGCCCCAGGUUUAUCAUCCCCAGGUGGACGUUUCAACGCAGGUGGACCUCCACGGUGGCUACGGCGCUCCGGGCAACCUGGACUCGUGGGAUCGUCGCGCGACCCCGUUGUACUCGCGCGAGGACAUCAAGGAGCAAUACUGCAUCACCAGCCGGCAGCUGGACGCCGUCGAGAAGUCCGGCGGCGGUUUCUUCGGGUGCCUGUCGACGAGGGGCCCGUCGCCGUGCAGCUCCACCAGGAACUCCAUCCUCUCGGCGUGCGUGCGUAGCGUGCCCAGCGACGAAAACCUCUGCGACGCGCCCUAUCCCCGCAGGCCCCUCCAGAUCAUGUACCGUCAGCCUUAUCCGACCUACGCCCGCGGCCUGUCGCGCUACGAUCUCGAGGACGAGGCGGAUUGGAUCGAGAGUUCUUACUUCAGACGAAGGCCGAGAUCCUUCUGCACCGUGCCCGAUCCAAAAAGAUACACCUGGGUGCCGGAAGACGAAGAAUCCAUGAGACUGGAAGGUCCGCGGCCGGUGUUACCGCCGGUGAUACCCCUUCCUCCUUCCUUGACGACGAUGCAAGGACCUCAGGUUCCUAAGACGAAGCACGUGAGCUUCGCGCGAUCGCACACACUUACGUCGUUCGAAGUCCCAAGAAACAGAAGCCCACCGAGGCCACAUAAUCCGGAACGUCUUAUAGACUCGCAGCCGACAAUGCAGAAUGCUAUACUGCCUUCGUCCUUGCCCUUAACUCAUCCUUACCCUGGCAUUGAGCCACGUGUCCUCGUACUUGAGAAACCACCUAAACGCGGUGCCAUGAAGACCCAGGCGACGCAGACCGAGAUCCCAGCGAUGUUUCGCGGUCGCGUGCUCCCGGUGACCCUUAGUCCCCGAACCAUCCAUCGGGUCAAGAUGGUUUCGCAGGGCGCACAAACGAAUGGUAUUUUCAACGGGAGAAAAUUGACAAAGAGUUAUUCGGAAGCCGGACAAUUGGGGACUCCGCUCGGCGGCGGCCAGGUAGGCGCGCCGACGAAGGAGGAGAUCGAGCACGAACCGCUUCACAGGACGCAAAGCGAGGAACCACCGAGGUCGCCCUUUCUCGUUUCAACGACGCCACCGCUGCCCCCCUCCUCCACCACCGUCGUUAUUGAAGAAUCCUUGCCAAAUGGAGACAUUGUCCCCGCCGAAAUUCCUCGUUAUCAUCGUAAGUCCCUCGACAUCGACGAUCAGGAGAUCUUCAUAAAUUUCAAACCAGCACCGGUGUCGCCAGACGCGCGAGCGCUUCUCAGCCGAAUCUCCGAGCCUACGCGUAGAUUCCUACCCCUUCAAAAGACCUUCUCCGACGGCGAGAUUCGUAUCGAGAGACGCGAGCUGAUCGGCGAAAGUAGCGAGCCGAGUUAUCCUCACACCUGCAGGAGGAAUCAGCAGGACUCCUGGGGCAGAGUCAGAACGCCCGUCCAAUUUUCCUCGACGCCCGAGGAUCUGUCCUUGUUGCGAAGCCUCUCGCCCCACGAGGAUCAUCAUGAAGAGGAGUUUCACGAAAAUCUAAUACGUCGGGGUCUUUUCCGAAAGAGGAGCGUAUCCCUCGAGGACGGCGUGCAGGGUCUGUCGUCGGACGACUUUAUGCUUCCUAGGUCACUCCCUACUUCACCCACAUCGCCAACUGCAGCAGCAGCGCCACGUAGGAUCUUGCAGACUCCGAAGGACGAUUCGUUGCCGAGCUGCGCCUUAUUGCCCGCGGCGAUAUGUCCGGCUGCCUUCAGCAUCGGAACCGGCAUUCCCGGCACCAGCAUCAUCGGCCAGGCGGCCUCGCCGUUCGCGUCGAGCGAUUCAUUGACCAACGACGUCACCAGGGACCAUAGCGACGGGAUAUGGAACGAGUCGCAAGCAACAGUUCUCCAAGCGGACUCGUUGGCUUUAUUGACGCCGUCCUCGAGAAGAAGGCACCUCCUGCUGCUGCAACAUCAGCAACGCUCCUCGAUGGACACCGAGGCUCUCGAUGUCGAGGACGAAGUGGAGCCUUGUCCGCCGAGUCCACGAAUACGCCUGGAACCGGCCACUCCGGUGCAACCCCUCACACCAAGACGCCAUUACAGAAUACAAGAUCUGUUACCGGUACAGUUUCAACAAAUUUACUACAAUGAUGUAUCCGCAACAGCACAUUUUUAUGCCUACGAUAUUAUCGAAUCGUCUAUUUCUGCGAGCAACGGCCGACCGAGGAGCGGGUUACGUCGCGCUAGUCCAGGUCCGCCCUUAUCGCAGCCCCAGUCGCAGUCGUCGAGCGAGUUCGGCUUAAGCCUGGCGAGGACCGACUCGGGCGGCCGCACCAACACCGAUCUCUCCGAGACCUCCGAGGAUUACGUCACUGCCAAUACUUCUACGGAAACCGGGACCACCACUGGCACGUCCGCCACGACCAGCUCCUGGUCGAGGCCACCGCAGACAUCCAGCGCCGCGGCGUCGGCGGCGUCGGCGCCGGCUUCGACCACCGCGACCGCCGCGGAAGGCAGCUCCUUCGAAAGCGCCAGUUCGAUCUACAGCCUGGCGAGGAGCGAGGCCGUCAUCGAGGAGCCGUGUAGUCCGCCGCCGAUUUUAGAGGAAGCGGAACUCGCAUUUGGAUUAGAACUACCUCCGCCGAUGAGGUCCAGCAGCAGCAGCAGCUCGGGUAGCUACGAUCUAAAGGAUGCGAUGACGGAUCCGAAUAACGACCUCGAGCAGGUCGCUUCACCCAGUGGACAUACCUCAGAGACUGAAUUAGAUCGAGAUGAGGGUCACCGAUCGUCGUCUGGAGGUUACGCCGAAUCGCCUCCUGACGUUCGCAUGUGGAGCGAAGAGGAGCGUCGUCGGAAGAAGAAGACCUUCAGCCUGGACUUCCUCGGAAGUGCGUCGAACAAUGUCGAGCUGGAGCACAGCGCGGAGCCGGCGUAUUCGGAAAAUGUCGAGGUCAGUCCAACGCCGAGUCAUCGUCAUCGAUCGCGAAGCAAACCGACGUCGGCUCGGAGUCCCCAUCGGAAUAAUAGGAAGCGAGACGCGAUGCAACAGUCGACGCAGCAGCAGCAGCAGCAGCAACAACAGCAGCAACAACAGCAGACGCUCAGCAGAAGCCCUCAGAAGGACGAAUGGAGAGUCGAACAGGUCGAGGACGGUCCUCAUGCGCCGACGUCCGACGAUUCUAGCUGCAGUCAUCAUUAUCAUAUGCAUCACCACCAUCAUCAUCACAUGCAUCGAGACGGUGCGGAAAGUGGAAGGCAUCGUCGGACCAGGGAAAGCCCAAGGAGAAAGACCAGCAGUUACCUCUCGACCAGAAGACGUAGCAAUGAGGAUAAGAACGCGGCGUUGACAGGUAGCUUGCCGCGAAGAAAAUCGCGCCUCGCGGAUGAUAUAGUUUGCGCCACUCGUCUGAGCCCCGGUCGUUAUCAGCGUAGUCCGGGGCACAAUGGUCAACGAGCGCUCGUCGUCGAGGCGCAAAGCCCGGAGGCCAGACUGAAGGCAUUGUCCGCGGAAUCGUUGAGAUCCGUCAGCCCCGGCAGCGACAGCGUCUUCUACAGCGAGAGCGCCGAUCAGCCCUGCAUCUCGGCCGUCGCCGCUUUGGACGCCGCGCACUGUCAUCAUUGCGGCCGAGAGGUGUCGGAAGAGAUCGUUCGACCACCGGCAGGUUUUGCGGACUCCCCGGAAGGACACAGAACAUCUGCCAAGCACGUUACAGGACACCGGCUGUAUAAGAAGUUUGACAAGAGGUACAGAUCGGAAGAUCGUGGGGACCGUAGACAUCGCCGUGGCAGCGCCGGUAGAUCGGACAUUCGAGCUAAAUCGGAGGAGAGAGCCACUUCUCGAUCAGGGAGUAGAGGUUCGAUCGACGACACUGGUAGAAGGAGGCUGCAAGCUCGAAGUACCGAUGUCAGCAUGGAGAUCCUCACAGGACGAGAAGACGAAGAUACUUAUGUGGAACCGUACACGAGCAGCGAAUGGAUUUAUAUCGGGGAUCUCGAAGAGAGUCAUGUCUGGAAAAGGCCCGAUAGCAGAGACGGUGACGACGAUAUCACGGACAGUGUUCAUAAGGACAGACGGGACUCUCAAGAAUCCACGGAGAGCGAGAAGAAUUUUAAGAAGAGAUAUCAAGCGGCCACGCAUAGGAUGGUGCACCGAAAGAGUAGCGUUGAGAUGUACAAGAGGAUACAAACAAAGUGUUUCGAGAGCGACAAGAGGGUAAUCGUGAAACGCGAGGCUGGCGGCGAGUUUGGAUUCCGCAUUCAUGGCUCCAAACCCGUGGUGGUUUCCGCGAUCGAGCCGGACACGCCCGCGGAGAGUUCCGGCCUCGAGGUUGGCGACAUCAUCAUGUCGGUGAACGGCAGAAGCGUCAUGGACGCCACUCACUCGGAGGUCGUAAGGCUCGCGCACUCCGGCACGGACGUCCUGGAGCUGGAAGUGGCGAGGACCUGCAACGUCCUGGCGCCGCGAAUCGCGCGCACGGGAGCGAAGGAAGGAGCCGACGAGGCGCCGCUCUGCUCGGGAUAUCUGUGGAGGAAGUCAACGUCGUCGAGCACGGAGAAGUGGGUUCGCCGAUGGUUCGCUCUACGUCGUGACAACUGCCUGUAUUGCUACAAGACUGAUUCGGAUUCGCAACCGGUGGGCGCGGUGAUGCUCCUCAAGUACGACGUAGAGCAAACGCCUGAAUUGAGAGUGCACAGUUUCGCGAUAAAGAAACAAGGCGCUCCGACAUUACGACUAGGGGCCGAUACCGAGGAGGCGGCAGCUCGAUGGACUAUAGUUAUACGCGAAGCAGUCGAGAGGAACAAUCAGAUCGAUACUUGGCUGGACUCGUCGCUGAGAAUGAGAGAAAUGGCGGCGUGCGCUAUCGCGAGGCCGGACUGUUUCGGAUAUCUGAGCAAGCAGCAGGAACACGCGCGGAAAACGUCCUCUCCCACUGGCUGGUCCAGGCGGUAUUGCGUGUUGAAGGACGCCGCCUUGUACUUCUACGAUGACGCCAACGCCGAGAAGGCGUUCGGCGUGGCGUGCUUGCACGGUUUCAGGGUACACAGCAGCGCGCCCAGCUCCGGCGGCCGGAAGCACGCCUUCGAGCUGCAACCACCGGAUCCCACGCAGCGAAGUUACAUCUUCGCCACCGAAUCAGAAAUGGAUAAGAAAAGAUGGUUGGCUGCGCUUGAGUAUUCGAUUGAUCGAUGGAUAAAGAUAGGUUGAUGCGAAACAAUCCGCCCUACGACGAAUCCAACGAGUCGCAGUAGCGAACAUCGUCCAAGGAAAUCCUCGCCCGUAUCUGUUUCCGGUUCCUAACACGUCGCGAACCAGCCACGACGAUCGCCGUUGGUUACCUCGACGAUCAUCACGUACAUGCAUACACACACAGAUACAUACACAGACACACAGACGUUUGGAUGUUCGCCAAGAUUUUUAUUUCAACGACAUUAUUGAAUCUCAUCGUCACGAUCAUCAUUGUAACUGCUGAUUAACAGUGACGUUUACGUGAAAAAUUGUUCGAAUAAAAGUCAAUGCAAGAAAACCAACUUGGCAACCUGUGUUCCACUUUCUGCGCGAUCAGCCUCAUCGCUGUCGUCGGUUGCUUGUCAUCGGAAUUGUUUAUCAGCAGUAAUGCAACUCCAUCAAGACCAGAAACUAAAAUCGAUGACUAUAAUCCCUCAGCGAGUUUGGCUUCCGAUGCUGACCGAGAUGGAAAGAUAUAGCUAUAAAGAACGAUUGCAAUUUCUUUCUCGCGAAUAAAUGUAAACAGACGCAUUUACACGAUUCUACGCCAUUCGGAAUCCGAACUCGUCGAAAAGUUACAUUCGAUUUCAGGAUAUAAAUUUUUCUUUUUUUUUUUUUUUUUUAAUUCAUCGCUGCCAAGCUUCCCACAUCCCGUCCACAUCGUACACCUCAUCGUUGGAAAUAGCGCUUGGCUGAAUUUGGGUUGAAACGUGUGAUUGUAAAGGAAGAAAAAAAUAACGAAUAUUAUGAAAAAUCAAAUCUCUCGAAAAUUUUAUAAUAACGGGAAUCAUUCACGACGGUCCCCUCUGAUAUGUCUGCGGAAACGAGGAAACCUCCAAGGUUGUGUUUGUCGCUGAUACUCUAUACGCACAUAAAAAUAUGUUCCACAGCUGAGAAGAGGGAGUAUAAAAAACAAAUCUUUUUAAGAACGAAACGAAACGAAAAACGCAAAUCUCGAAUAUUUAAUAAUUGUAUAACGAUGCGAAUCGGUAGGGAAAAAAGUAGUACGCUUCGCGACACGCGUAUGUGCAUGCGUAGCGAUAGUUAUGCGUACGCGGUAUACGUGCAUGUUAUGGAAUUGCCAUUAAUUACAAUAUGUAUCGUUAUUCUUACCAACAACGCCAGUACUUGUCAACAA